GAUGUUUCUCUUUAAAAAGGAAGUGAGGUGGUUGUGAGUUGUGGUGCUGCUGAGAGUACUCAGAGGCUGAGUCAUUUUCCUGCAAUUCUGUGCCCUUAGCUUCGCUCAACUACAGCAUUUCACUGUUCCUUUUUGUUGUCUUUGAUGGACGAUCAAUGCACAACCACCUUCAUUCUUAAUAGAUUUUUCAUCAUUUGAAGCAUUCUAAGCAGAAUGGAUCACAAGUCUUGGCUUUGGAGGAAAAAGUCCUCGGAAAAGGCAGCAACUGACAAAGCAAAUAACACUUCAAAAGAAAACGAGGAGGUAAUUUGUUUGGUUGAGAAUAAAAAGGUACAGGCACUUCUAGCAGAAAAAGAAGAAUUGGAAAAAGAUUUGAAAAGAUUGAAUGAUAAACUUGCUUCUACAAUUUCCGACAAUAAGUUGAGAGAUGAGCAGGUGAAGAAACAAACAAAAAUUGCACAAGAAGCAGUGACAGGAUGGGAGAAGGCAGAAGCCGAAAUGGUGUCUAUGAAGCAAUAUCUUGAAGAAUCAAUGCAGCAGCAAAUAGUUUAUGAAGAAAGAGUGAGCCAUCUGGAUGGUGCUCUCAAGGAAUGUAUGCAACAGUUGCGUUUUGUUAGAGAAGAACAAGAGCAACGAAUUCAAGAUGCUGUCAUGAAGGUUUCAAAAGAAUUUGAACAAGCACGCUUGGUUUUGGAGGAGCAGCUAUCAGAGACCACUGAAGAGCUUGCUAGAUCAGCCGUUGAAAAUGCUCAUCUUAAUAAAUCUAUUCUUGCAAAAGAAAAUUUGAUUGAAGAUCUGAAAAGACAAUUGACUCAGGCAGAGGCAGAUCAUAAUGGACUGAUGAUUAAGUUGGAGUUUGCCGAGAAAGACAACACAUCUCUAAAGUAUGAGGUUCGAGUGCUUGGCAAGGAACUUGAGAUCCGAAAUGAGGAGAUUGAAUUUAAUCGCAGAACAGCUGAUGCUUCUCAUAAGCAGCACCUAGAGAGUGCCAGAAAAAUUGCCAAGUUAGAAUCAGAAUGUCAGAGAUUGCGUCUUUUGGUUCGAAAACGGUUACCAGGUCCGGCAGCCUUGGCGAAAAUGAAGAAUGAAGUUGAAAUGUUGGGAUGGGAAUCACUUGAUGUGAAGAAGAAAAUGGUGAACUCAUCCAAUGUAAUUGAAUCUUCAGUGGACAAUCCCCUUGAGAGUACCAAUAGAAGAAUCACUACCUUAACUGAGCAACUACAUGCUGUGCAAGAAGAAAACAAGACUUUGAAAGAGUCCCUUAACAGGAAAGCCAGUGAACUCCAAUUCUCAAGAUCAAUGCUUGCCCGCACCGCCUCAAAACUAUUGCAACUUGAGUCACAGAUCGAAGAAUUCUCCAAAGGUCAAGUAGCAUUGGAGCAGCCUAGAAGUAUUCUUGCAUCACACGAGUUCUCUUUGGCAUCAAUGUCUGACGUUAGCAGUGAUGAUAAGGUUAGCUGUGCUGAGUCUUGGCCUUCUGCAUUGGUCUCAGAGUUGGAGAUCCUCAGAUGUGCAAAACAGAAGGAACUAUUGUCAUGCAGAAGUGUUGGAAGCUCAGACAUAAACCUUAUGGAUGACUUCAUUGAAAUGGAAAAAUUAGCAGUUAUCUCUGUUGAAAAAGCCUCUGAACCUUCUCAUGCUUCUUUAGAAGCAGAUAAUGGAAUAAAGGAUCUCUCAGAGAUUGGACCAGAUGAAAAUAUCUCUGAAGUAGUUGGUAAGGAGAUCAUUCCGGUGUCUGAUCAUACGGCUGACUUUGCAACAUCAAACCAUGAAACCUGUUCCGGUGACAUUUUCGAGGGUAACAUUCCUGGUUGGCUGCUUCAUGUUGUAAAAAUGAUCUUGGAGCGAAACUUUGUCACUCAUAAGACCCUUGAUGAUAUAACUGAGGACAUCAAAGUUGCUUUGGGGUGUCUAAACAAUUCAGACCAAUGUGAGUUUCAUUCAAGCAAAACCCGUGGUCAUUUUGAAACAACAGAUAAACCUCAAAGUUCUCUUGUACCCCAAUCUGGUGAAGUAAAUGUUGCUGAGAUCUCAUCAAUAAAGAGUAGAAAACAAGAAACUGGGACUGAUCUGAGUAAAUCCAUUAGCAAGAUAGUUGAACUUAUUGAAGGGAUCAGCAUGCCUGCUGAGGCUUAUGAUGAUUCAAAUCCCCUUUGUAGAAGAGAUGGAAGUUCAGACAAUAAUCUAGAAACGACGACAGACUACAUGGUCCGUGUUCUCCAGUGGAAAACAUCUGAACUUAAUAAUGUCUUGCAGCGAUUUCUCCAUCUGUGUUAUGAACUACUGAACGGCAAGGCUGAUAUUGAAAAUUUUGUUGCAGAACUGACCACAACUUUGGAUUGGAUUAUGAAUCAUUGCUUUUCUCUUCAGGAUGUUUCUAGUAUUAGGGAUGCUGUUAAGAAACAAUUUGACUGGGAUGAGACACGAAGUGAAAAUGAAGCUCAAAUUAGGAUGACAAGUCAUUUUCCUGAAGUAGAUAAGUUGCAUCUUCCCAAACAACAGUUGUCAUGUGUGCCACUGCUAACUAAUUCCGAUGGCCAUGAUUAUCAGACCAAAGUGAUGAAAAAUGAUCAUAAGGAAGAGUUUAAAAGUGUUAAUGAGGUCAAUUGUGAAGCCGAAAAGGAAGUCUUGGAAAGUAGCCUUCAAACUGCUGCUAGGAGAACAGAACCCAUAAUGAAUCAACUUCAGGAAUCAGAGAAAACUAUUGCCAGUUUGAGAUUGGAGCUACAAAACCUGAAAGAAUCCAAUAAAGCACUUGAAGGUCAAAUUCAAAAUGAAACAUCGAUAAGUGCGGAUGUUAGUUUUCAGUUUACAGAAGCUGAAUUAAAAGAGGCUCAUCACAAGGUUUUGGCAUUAGAAGUGGAACUAGAGAACAAGAACCAUCAUUGUGAAGAAUUAGAGGCCAGAUGUAUUGAACUUCAGCUCCAGCUUGAAAGCAUGACAAAGGAGUGCUCAAAAGAUGACAUUCUUCAGAAAGAUAAACCACUACAAAGUGACUGGGAGAUAACAGCUGCAACAGAAAAGUUAGCAGAGUGUCAAGAAACCAUCCUUAACCUUGGGAAGCAGUUGAAGGCAUUAGCUUCACCAAAUGAUGCAUCCUUUUUUGACAAUGUCACCGCCGUCGAGCAUAACACAACCACAAGCAUAAUUACUGUCCCCCCAAAAGGCAUAAAAGUGAAAAGUCGAUCUUCUCUACUCGAUCAGAUGCUGGCUGACAAUGACACCAAACUAAAGGUUGACAAAGCAAGUGACAGAAGCUCUAGCAUGACAGAUUUUGUACAGCCCCUAGAAAAGAUUUUGGUUCUGAAUGGACUUAAAGGUCAGGAUGAGAGCUCCAGUGUUAACUCUCUGGCCAUUGUUCGUGCUAAGAAAUCAGGAGGUCGAAGCUUAUGGAAGAAGCUAUUAGGGAGGAAGAAGAAAGCCAAAAAGAAGGCACAUUUUCUGUUUAACACAUAAAAUGCAAUUCUAAUGUUUUUUUUUUCAGUACUUCCUGUAGGAGAGGAAGCAAUUAUAUAUCUUUGUUGUAUUAUUAAUAAAGGAAGGAGUUAUGUGCUGUCUUUCUGUUUA